AUGCCAUCCACCAGCUUCUUCGUCGCGUCAGCUGCGGCCCUCGCUGCCUUCGCUGGCCUGGCCAAUGCCCAAACCAAUAUCACAGACAAUGCCUGUGCCUCGUCGUCCGAGUAUAAGAAGUGCAACUCAGACGUCUCGAGCAAAUGGAGUUCCUGCAUUCGCGAUUGCAAUGGUGAUGGCAAUUGUAUCGUGGACUGUGGUUGUACUUCUCAUCAGAAGUAUAUCAAUUGUAUGGCUGAGACGUGCUGGAACCAGGUCUACUCCUGUGAAUACCAACUCUUCGUCCAACAAUACUUCGCCAUCUGCCCCAGCGCCUCAGAGCCAAUCCCCUUCUGGCCAGCCCCGGACAACGCGCCGAACCGCUGUUCCUGCGAUCUGGGCAAGGUACUGCAGACGACGCUGUCCUCGCGCAAUGACCAGGUCCAGUGUAUGAGGAACGUCACCGAUAGGAUCCGUUCUGAUGUGACUGAUCUGUCGAAUCUGAGUAAUGGACUCGACAUUGCGGGUCAGGCAACGGAUUGUGCAUGUUGUGGUGCUAGUGCUAGUAUCUCUGCCGCCUACGAGAUCUGCCCAGACACAAAACCAACCCUAGCAGGUGCAGACCUCUGGCCAAUUUUCUUCCCGGCAGACCUACCAAACCUCUACACCUCCCUCCCAAACUGGAACUGGGCCUGGCCGUCCUGCGACUCAAAACUGGAUGACGCAUCCUGCCAAGACCUCGGCUUCAAAGACGCAGACAAGUUCUACAAGCCAGGCGAUUUCCCAAACAACGGUACCUCUACGCUGCAUAAUGUUGGCGGGACUGUUACCGCGCCGCCUAGUGGGACUGUUCUUACCUGGUCCCAGUCUAGUACUACUUACACUGUUACUGCUACUGGGUAUGAUCAGAAGGCUGUUGCUAGUCAGAGUGAGUAUCGGGCUACGGCUACGGAGACGGGGGAUGCUUUUGCUACGCAGACUGAUACUAAUGGUGCCGGGGGUUUGAGGCCUUUUGGGGUUUUGGGGGUUUCUAUGGUGUUGGCUUUGGGGUUUGUUUUGUAA